CGACUCAGGACGCUCGCGUCGGAACAUCGCCUCUCAAACGGUAUUGUCCCCGCCCAGCACGGCAUCAUCUGUGACAAUCUCUUGAGGGUGCUCACAAUUGCAAGCAACCUAGCAUGACCCCAUGAUUGACGCGCCCAAUCAAUGUCUAGUGCGGUUGAUGCGGAAGCGCACGUUAACAUGAGUGCUAUAUCUGACGCAGAACCUCUGCUGCAACAUCCGACGGAACCGGCAGGGCCGAACGCGGCCAGAGCGGCGACAGGUGCUCGAAUUGCUUACGCAACCACGUUUCAGCAGCGCCCAUACAGCUCAGCGUCGGAGGACUCGCACGUCUCGCCCUUUUCUGGCACAGCAUUUGAUCGUACUAUGUCCUUAGAUUCCUCAAAUACCACUCAGCCGGCUUUUUCACGAGAUGACCAUGGCGAUGGCGCUUUGAAAGCAGAAAGUCCUGCGUCGGAUGUGAUCAAGCAGACUCCAAGUCCUCAGGUGCAGCUACAGCAAUUCGACGGAUUGCCAAGUCGCAGUCCCAAAGCGACGCACAUCGCUUUGGUUGGACGAGGGCCGAGUAGCAGCGCGGCAAGCCCGUUGAUGGGUGGCACAUCGCCUCGCAUCCCAGGUGCAGCAGGCUCCAAGAUGACGAAUUUCAAUUCGGAUGGCAAAGAAGCUACGUACAAGCGCAACCUACGCGCCAAUCCCUUCGAGGCUCCGAGGGCGGCAGCCAAUACCAGCUUUACCGGGUCUCACAGCAGAUCCCCCAGCUCUCACUACAAGGGCGGUGCGGCAGGAGCACCAGAACGCGGCAUCGCGUCCGCGGUCAGCGUGCACAGGUCUGUAUACCCUGCCAGCUCGACCUACUUUUUGACCGUUAUCCCGCCUGCAGACCUCCCAAGCGAUCCGCCUCAUCCUCGGAGCGGCUCCUCUGCCGGCGUUCCGAGUCACUUUCGACGGGGCUGCCUCUUGCCGCUCUAUCCGACACUCGGAGGACAGCUAUAUACCAUCGCACGGGAAUAUGGCUUACCGUCCAUUGGCGGCCUCGCCAUCUACUUGGUCGAUGACGGUGAAGGCAACUUGGGACCGUGCAUCGGUGAAGCUGCUUGGCGGGCACUUUGGUCGCGUUACUUCGAGGAGGACGCAAGGCUGGACUUCUUCGCUCCCGAAGGCAUCGAUGCGGUAGGCAGUCCAUUGUCGAUGCGCUCGCCGCAGUCCCAGUCGCCCGCCUUGUUUGCCGGGACUUGUGCUGGCGUGCAAUCGGCCGAUGGCAGGGAUGAAGGUUUUUCGACAGAAUCUGAACAAUCUUCGGCUGCCAACGCGAAUGCUCGGCCUCACCAAAGCAGAGUUGGCUAUUCACACAAUACCGCCUCUCGUGAAGGUCACUCACGAGGUCACUCUCAUCCCAAUAGAUGCGGCACGGGUAGCUCGACUGCUUCACCUGCUCAAACACAUGGGAUGGCAUUUGGUUUAGGCCGGCUUCCGAUCGUCGGAAGGAUCGAGUGGGCCAUCGAGACGCAUCGUGCACACUGGUGGCCAUCCUGGGUGGAAGAGGCAGAGAACAGCUUCAGCUCGGGCAGCACGUCUGCAGGUGGUAGUGCAAUCAGAAGCGCCGCGGGAGGAGGCGGCGGAAGUGCAACGGGCAGAAGGACCUUGCACCUCAAGUCUGGCGUCUAUGAACGGUCGCCCUCGACUCAAAAGCAUUCGAUGGUUUCGCGACUGCUGCGCAAGGGUAUCCAUGACCCAUCGACUGUACAACCACGAGCGCCUUCCGAUUAUGCUGCAUCUCGGUCCUCUCAACCACGAUCGGCCACCAGCGCAACUCGCAGCUUCGAGCAAAGCAUCAGUGGCUCCGAAGAGCAGAUCAGCAGAUCUAGCAGUGCAGCUGACGACUUUUCGCAAGCGAGUUUAUCCGCAUCCCCCCGAGCCAGCUUUAGUGCGCCGCACGAAGUCUCGGCUUCGCGCCACACUUCUACGGCAGGCUUGGCUCAACAAUCCGUUCCGCUCGACGGCGCAUUGCCCCGGCACUCGACUGAAGAGUUAGAUGCAGCGGGGUAUGCACCUCUACUGGAAGAAGAUGAUGGGGACGAGCUCAAGGAGAGACAAGAGAACAGGCAGGAGACACAUCAGUGGCAAUCAUUCGAGGAUAUCCCAGAUACGGAUGAAGGAAUGUGGCAGGAGUUGUCAGGACGACGCCACCUGGGCAAGUCGGCCUUCCCGGAAGCGGCCGCCUACGCCGAUUCUGCUCAGCAGCUACCGCUCUCUGCUGCUGCUCUCAGUCAUCAUGUCGCUGCCACCGAUGCCUUGAAAUUGUUUGAAUCCAACCGCAAGGUUGCAGACGAUUUGGGCCCAACCACUCCUGGUGGCGCCACGUCACUUGUGGAAGAAGCACUGCACCAUGCCUCCCCUCCCACAUUCCCGGGCGAAGAUGAGGAGGCGGGCACGGAAGAGGCUCCAUCGUCUGACGAUGUUGGUGAAGUGCUUGCGCUCUGGGCCAGCUCGAGUGGGGCUGGUUCGAUUCCAGUGCAUCGUUCCGAACUUUUGGAGCCAGCUCAAAGUGAACUCCCUACCCCCGCAAAGCCUACACCGCUUGCGUCUUCUUCUGGAAGCGUUGGCACGGCAAUGUUACAGAGUCCAAUUUCUCUCGACACAGCAGCUUUUCCCGGACAGGCUCCCAAAUUUGCAGACUUUGCACCGGAACGACUCGAUCUUGGUACUAAAACCGAUGCAGAGAGCUCUUUGAAGCCGCUGUUGUCGCCAACGCCGAGGAGCAGCACGGGCAACAGCGCAGAUCUCAGCGACUCGCUUGGAGACAUGGAGCGCGCGUUGGAGCUGCUGUCGCCGACUGGAUCCAGCAACCCCCGAUCCAACCCAGGCUCGGUAAAAUCUAAGACUCGUUUCUCGACCGGAUCUAAGCGAGUCAGUGCAGCAGUGCCAAAGUUCAGGAAUUUGAGCAGGAGGUCGCUACCAGCGAGCAAGGCACCAUCGUCGGGAGAUACGGCGCAUGAUACGCCGCGUCCUGGGGACCUUUUCCUCGCGGAUGAUGAAACAUCCUCAAGUCCCGUCCCAGUGCACCAGGCACACGAGGCAAUGCCUUUAUCAUCUGCUCUGCAGAGCCCUCAGCAGAUUCCAGCAGCUCCAGCGUCAAGCACUGUAGCGGUUUUGGAUGCACCCACGGCGGAGCCUUUUCUUGCACAGGCUUCCUUGGAGCCUGCAUCGGUGCUGCUUGAACUCAAGGAUCCGACCAAUGACAAGCCUGGUACCGUGGUUGCUGAGACUCCGCCAGAGAGCGUCGAGCUUGACGAGCAAGUUGUGCAACAGUCUCUGGAGCGCAGCGCAGGGCCAGAAGGCACACCGGCUGCGCAGCGAGACCCACAACUGUUCUCUUCGCCCGAGCACAACCAGCACAUGACUUCUUACGACGCGACGGAAGCGCAAGGGCAUGCUGAUGCGGAACCGUUCGUUCAAGAGAGAGCAGCUGCCAGAGGUGCGGUGGAGAUGCAGCAGCCGCGCGCACCAUAUCCAUCCUCGGAGAGCACCUCGCAGUCAAUGUCCGACCUUCUCUCAGACUAUCACCAUCUUUCUUCAAAGGCGAGUCAAUCGGACUCAUCUGGACAUGAUGAAAGCGAUUUCGUCCAACCCUUGGCGGGAGAGAAUGAUCCCUUUGGAGUUUCAGAUUCGGUUCAGGCCACGCCUCUUGCACGUCAAAAGGACCUCGACGCGGAACGACUUCCCGCUUCGUCUUACGCUAGAGCUCAGGAAGCAUGGAUGAGAAAAUCAUCUACGGAUGACGGGUUCGAGAGUGCCAUUCAGCAGACAGUGCAGCCGCAAAUGACACACCAGAGUCCAGUGGGAGCAACAUCACCCGCGCUGCAUCCCGCCUCCAUGCACUUAGCCGAGAGGAUAUUAGAGAACGGGACAUCGCCGGCGUUUGCAUCUGCAAGCAUCUCUCAAUCUCCACCUCCGACGUACCAUCACUUGGGGAGCCCGGUCGUCGAGCCAGAAUAUAAGCGACAGCCUUUGCACAUGCUGGAAAGCCAGGGGCUCAUCCAGCAGUCUGCACCCAGUCAUUCUGGCCAGUCGGGUCCCGUUGGAACGGCACAACCGGAAAUUGCGACGAUGGCCGUUAGCCGUAGGAGCAGCGAAAGCGAAGAAUGGAGCCAAGACGGUAGCUUGGAGGAGCAUGGCCGGUUCUCUAAAGCUUCCGAAUUCGAAAUUGUUCCCGGCACACCCACCUUCCUCUACGAACAACACUUGGCUGGUCAUUCUCGUCCGGAUAGCCUUGCCUCUCACGUCCUCAGCGCGAGGGAUGCAGACGGCCUGGGCUCGGCUUCUCCACUUUCUCGUCCUUCGCCACUGAGGGAGACACAUGACCCUGUGUCCGCUGACGACCCAGAUGCACCCCCUCAUGCUGAAGGAGCCGCACUUGGACUUGACUAUGGCCCACAUCAACGAUUCCUUUCGCAAGAUGGCUCUUCCAUUCACAGCAGCGAAGACUUUGACGGACGCCUGGACGACAUGCUGGAUUACGCCGCUCGCCUUCCGCAACACCCCGCCGGGUUCUCUCACGCAAAUCACCACGACGAUGGCCUGGAUUUGGAGCAGAUGACCAUUUCCACGCGUCAAGCCGUGCGACAAGCCCUUUCCGAGAGCCAUGAACGUGCUUCCAUUGACUCUGUGCGCAGCCUAGGCUUGCCGCCGCGCUCACCGACGUCACCUAUCGCGAUGGAAGCGUGGCCUCGGCGCUCUUCGGGGUCCUCCAUCAGUGGUGGGAACUACCCGCGAAGAGGCUCCGUCGAACGUGGAUCCCCGCUUGCAGGCUCUCAGCCGCGCCGAUCGUCCUCGAGCCACUCUCCUGCACGGCGCUUCGGCGAGCUACCGCCCAGCCCAGCAUUGACGGGUAUCAAGCCCGAUAUGGGUACCUCCGCAGGCAGCCGGCGUGGCAGCGCCACCUCCCCCCUCAACACGAGCUUCAAAGCAGACUGGCUACCUCCGCUGCCGGCAGACGCAGGAAGCACGAUGGCGAUGUGUGCGAUGUCCAGUUCACCCCGCACCAUGUCACCAGAGAGCCUGCCACUCUCAUAAAUCUUCCAGGUGGAGCAAAUCCACACUGGACGCUGCUUGUGUGCGCUGGGCGUGCAACCUUUCGAUUCUUGUGGCAUUUACGCAGUCUACAUAGACGAGAGCUGCGCUCUUCUACUCUCAUGAUUUCGAGAUGACAGCCUUCCUAUUCAACCCUGGUCGCUCCGAGACUCGUCGGCAGCGCAAGCACCUUACCUGCCUUCAUCCGGCUUUGUCCCGCAGCUAGCAGGCUGCAGCC